AUGAAACUUGACGCUUAUGACACGGUCAUUAAGCAUCGACCGGGAAAGGCAAACUCUAAUACCGACACUCUGUCACGGUAUCCCCUCAAAACUGAGUUAAUAGGUGUUUUACAGAGUGAUGGUAUUAUGAUAGGUCCUUUAGAAGAAAGGCAGGAAGUUGCAGUUAAUCUUUGGGACAGUUGCUGUGUUCUAAAAGACAUAAAACUGGCACAGCGGCAGGACACAGAUCUCCGUUCUCUUAUUUCUUUCAUUCAAGAUGAUAUUCGUCCUGAUGACGAAGUUCUUCUUAGAAAACUAGAAGGACAAGCUAGAGUUCACCGGGUAAUCGACCGAAAGUUAUAUCGGAUCCGCAAAAUAGAAGAAAAUUCACCUUUGAGAAAUAAUCUCAGUCCACAUCUUUUAGUUAUUCCAAAAUCUAAACGCACAGAACUUCUUCAGUUAGCUCAUGACCAUCCUAUUUCAGGUCAUCUUGGUCGUCGAAAAACCCUACAUCGACUAUCACUUCGCUUUCAUUGGGACGGAAUGACACGUGAUGUUGCGCAUUAUGUAAGAUCUUGCGACCUCUGCCAACGUUUUAAGGCUGCAAACGAAAAGAAAGCAGGUUUAAUGCAAUCUCAUGUAGUACAAUCACCUUGGCACACUAUCGGUGUUGAUCUAACUGGUCCUCUACCUAGAACUCCACGAGGAAGUGCAUAUAUCUUAGUUGUAGUUGAUUAUUUCACAAAAUGGAUAGAACUUUUUCCUUUAAAGACCAUUAAGUCGAGAGAUAUUGCUCAACUAUUGCAUGACGAAGUCAUUUACCGUCACGGCGUUCCUGUUGAAAUUGUUUUGGAUAACGGAGCACAAUUUGUCGCCGACAUUUUUCGAGAGACUUUAAAGAUCAUGGGUAUCAGACAUCGAACGACCGCUCUUUAUCAUCCACAAUUAAAUUUAUCUGAGCGUGUCAACCGGACGUUAAAGCCCAUGCUGGCUAUCUUUGCCCAACAUGAUAAAAAGUCUUGGGAUUUGCGAUUGCCGCAGCUAGCAUUGGCGAUCAGAGCGGCCAUUAAUGAAUCGACUGGCCAAAGUCCAGCAUUUCUAAUGUACGGUCGAGAACUUAAGUUACCACUCGAUCUUAUGUACGGUCCUAAAGCAGAUGACCUUGACGAGUUAAAAUCAUCUGAAGAAGCUCGAGCCUACACUGAACGGCUUAAGAUCAUUCUCGCCUCUGCAUAUCAGUCGGCCAGAGAAAAUCUGGAAAUUGCUCAACAAGGACAAAAGUUCCUCUAUGAUCAGCAUCGUAAAGAUGUUCACUUUUCUGAAGGUGACCUUGUUCUGAUGGCUAACGCCUCAGGAUCAGCGUUAGGCAAAUGGGCUCUCCCUAAACUUGCACCUAAAUGGAUCGGUCCUUUUCGGAUUGCACGGAAGAUUGGUUCUCUAGACUACGAACUGGUUUCUUUAGAGGAUGGUGCGGUUCUUUCGCCUAUCCACAUAGAAAGACUGCAACCGUAUCAUCGUUCAUCGCCGGUUCUAGUCCCGCAUGCAUAA